CCCGUGCGAGGCUGUAGCUCACAGACCCGUCUCCUCCCCAGGGAACGUGGUGGACAGCCAGUCCCCCAGGCUGCUGGCAAACCAGCUCAGAUGGGACCUGACUGCCGAACAGAUAGAGAACAUGGCUGCAGAGCUCACGGAGAGGACCAAGCUGGUGUACGACCGGGUGGGCUCCCAGGAGCAGGGCGAGGUGUCCUAUGAAAACACUCUCAAGGCGCUGGCAGAUGUGGAAGUGGAAUAUACGGUCCGCCGGAACAUGCUGGACUUCCCCCAGCACGUCUCGCCCUGCAAAGCCAUCCGGGCGGCGAGCACCGAGGCCGACAAGAAGCUCUCGGAGUUCGACGUGGAGAUGAGCAUGAGGCAGGACGUGUACCAGAGGAUCGUCUGGCUCCAGGAGAAAGCAGAGAGCGCUUCGCUGAAGCCUGAAGCAAAGAGGUACCUAGAGAGGCUGAUCAAACUGGGAAAGAGGAACGGGCUCCAUCUCCCUGAGGAAACGCAGGAGAAAAUCAAAGCGAUUAAGAAAAAGCUGAGCGUCCUUUGCAUAGACUUCAACAAGAACCUCAACGAGGACACCACCUACCUGCCCUUCUCGAAGGAGGAGCUCGGGGGGCUCCCUGAGGACUUCCUCAACUCCCUGGAGAAGACAGAGGAUGGCAAGCUGAAAGUCACCUUGAAAUACCCGCACUAUUUCCCUCUCCUGAAGAAGUGCUACGUGCCCGAGACGAGGAGGAAGGUGGAGGAAAUGUUCAACUCGAGGUGCAAAGAGGAGAAUUGCUUGAUCCUCAAGGAGCUGGUGGACUUGCGUGCUCAGAAGGCCGGCCUGCUGGGCUUCCACACCCACGCCGACUUCGUGCUGGAGAUGAACAUGGCGAAGAGCAGCAAGACGGUGGCCACCUUCCUGGACGAGCUGGCCCAGAAGCUGAAGCCCCUCGGGGAGAAGGAGCGGGCUGUGAUCCUGGACCUGAAGAAGAAAGAGUGCGAGAAGCGCGGCCUGGAGUUCGACAACCGCAUCAACGCCUGGGACAUGCGCUACUACAUGAACCAGGUGGAGGAGACCAAGUACAGCGUGGACCAGAACCUGCUGAAGGAGUACUUCCCCAUGCAGGUGGUCACCGCAGGCCUGCUGGCCAUUUACCAGGAGCUGCUGGGGCUCACCUUCCAGCUGGAGGAGAAGGCUCAGGUCUGGCAUGAGGACGUGCAGCUCUACACGGUGAAGGACACCUCCUCCGGCGAGACCAUCGGCAAAUUCUACCUGGACCUGUACCCGCGGUGA